AUGGUAUACGCCUUCCCCCUCCCGACCACCUCCCAUCUCGCCUUCCAGACCUACCUCUCGUCCAGCACCCACCCCUCUCUCCCGCAAUCUGCCUCGACGGCACGACAUGCCCUCCGGCUGGCGCUGAAGACGCACAAGCGACUACCACCACGGGAACGGGAGACCCAUCUCCAGACCGUCUUGAAUGCUCUCAACGAGUAUCUGCCUUACCUCUUUGCGAUUUCCCAUGGUCUGAGCGGCAAGACUGUCGGGAGCGGUGGUGGGGUAGGCGAGGAGGUAGAGAUCACGCUUCGUGCAGAGAUUGAAGUCGAAUGGCGGCCCGUCUUGACGUCCAGCUCAUCCCUGCUGAAGGGGAUGCGGGAUGGCGGGCGCGUGAAGGGCCGAGGCCUCGAUUUCGAGAUCGCCUUCGUGCUGUCAACGUUGGGAUAUGUGCUGUCGGGUCUGGCGAGGGUCGGGGUGCUGCGCACCUUGUACGCCGCCUCAACUCCAACAGCAGAGCAGCGCACUGCUGCUGUCCAGGCUGCGACGAAGCAGCUGCUUCAGACCAGUUCUGUGCAUUCCCUGCUCGCGUCCUCUUACAAUCUUGUGGUGGAGGGUUCUGCUACGGUGCCCGAUCUCGACUCCACGACACAGUCCGCGCUCUCGUCGUUGGCUCUCGCCGAGGCAACGCUGCUGGCGGUUCUGAAAGAUGAUGCCUACACGUUUGCCUGUAUCCAGGCUCGCAACCCGCACGACAAGGACUGGAUGGUCCGGCCGCCGGAGAUUCCCAAAGUGCGAGCGCUGCUGUUCGCACGGUUGUGUGUUCGCGCGGCUGAGUAUGCAGAGCAGGCUGCCGCGGGACUUGGGUCAGUGGGAGCCGGGGGUCGGAACAGCAGCAGCGCAGCGGGGAAGAUCGACGAAGAUCUAGUGAAAUAUGCACAGACACUGGGCAAGGUCGCGCGGGCGAAAGCCUGCCGGUUCUUUGGCGUGGACGCGGAGAUGGCGGGCAAGGUUGGAGAGGGGAUCGCAUGGCUGAGAGCGGGGAAAGGCGCUUUGGGGUUCAAGCGGGCGCUGGCGCCUGAGGGAGAAGCUACAGGAAAGGGAAGUGGUACUAUAUCCCGGUUGAAACGAGAAUGGGCAGAACGCAGAGAGGAGCGCAAGUUGGAGAAAGGCAAUGCUGGAGGAGGAGCAGGACACGACGGUGAGUUGGACCGCGGAGACGAUGCCGGGUGGGAGGAAGAAUGUCGGGUGCUCGACAUGUUGGAGACGAAAUGGGUGAAGAUGAACAAUACAGUUAGCUCACACGUCAUCCCACCAUCUGCAUCUCUGCUUUCGAACCUGCCUUCCGGCCGGGAUAUCCAUAGUGCUCCUGCGCCAUACACGCCGCCGUCGUUGGACGAAGAUCAACUCGUCCGCAUGCGGGCUCCCCCGGACGAGGGGGAGCAGCAACUGCCCGGGAUGGAUGACAGUGAUGAGGAGGUCAGUCCAGGGGAACCCCCGGCAGGAUUUCCCUCUAGGCCUGUGACGACGGACAGUACUUAUUUUUGA